CCGUCAGCGGCCGACUCCGGGAGAGAGGGAUAGAGACAGAUUCUCACUUCUUUCAUCGAGCUUUACAGCGCUUCUUUUCCCUGCACCUUUUUUAUCACUCCACACCCAUUCUCUUUCAGUUUCCCUGUCCCUCUGUCCUUCCUGCUGCUGAUUCUGUCUCUCCCUGCUGUUUUUUUAUUCUGCUGUCCUACAUCCCGACUUGCUACUAUCUCUGUCUGUCCUCCUCUUCCUCACCUAUGGCUACCUGACAGUGAGAUUGUCCUUCCACCAUCUCUUUUCCUCUCCCACUCUCUUUUUCACCACCGUCUUUUCUCUCCCCUUCCUCAGCUUCAACCCUCCCUUCACUUUGAUCUUUCCUUUCCUUGCACCUGUCCGUCAUCCAUCUGCUUUCUUUUGGAGUGAGGAUGCCAGUGUUGGAGGAGCUUUGGGGCCCAGAUCUCAGGAUGCGGGACUCCGGUCUCGGUGUUGGGGUCGAAGUCGGGGUCUGUCCAGAUGAGGCUCCCCGUUCACCGCUCUGGGGGCCUCUCAGGAUGCCUCCUGUUACCUGCGGGGGCCUGUCGCUGGCCCUGGAGCUUCCUGCCCUCAUACGGCACCUCAGGGCGGCCUGGAAGGCUCGCAGGGGAGGCCCUCUGGGGCCUGAGAGAAGUCAGAAGAGCGCUUGGGUACAAGCAGAGAAGGAAGAGGUAGAGGAGGUGAAGAAUGACAUAGAGGACAGGAGCGCUCAUCUUGAGGCUGAUGGCAGACUGAACACUAGUCAUGCUGGUGUGUUGCUGGUUGAGAGACGAGGCUCCUACCCGCUGAUUGACCUGCGAAUCCUCAAAACCAGUACCCAGCAGGGGGAGGUAGAGUCCGGCACCAGGAGAAAGGUGAAGCGUCUGCUGAGCUUUCAGAGAUACUGCCACGCCUCCAGGCUGCUCAGGGGGUUGGUGCCCCACACCCCAGGGUCACUGCACCUGCUGGACGAUGACUACCUGGGACAAGCUGUGCACAUGCUAUCAAAAGUAGGCACAUGGAACUUUGACAUUUUCCUCUUUGACCGUCUUACAAAUGGUAACAGCCUGGUGACUCUGAUGUGCCAUCUAUUCAAUGUCUACGGUCUCAUUCACCACUUCCAGCUGGACAUGGUCAAACUACACAGGUUUCUUGGCAUGGUUCAAGACGACUACCACUCCCAGAAUCCCUAUCACAAUGCUGUUCAUGCUGCUGAUGUCACUCAAGCCAUGUACUGCUACCUGAAGGAGCCCAAGCUGGCAGAGCAGCUGAGUCCUCUGGACGUGUUCCUGGGUCUGAUGGCAGCAGCGGCCCACGACGUGGACCAUCCAGGGGUCAACCAGCCCUUCCUCAUCAAGACCCGACACCACCUGGCAUCCCUCUACCAGAACACGUCUGUGCUGGAGAGUCACCACUGGAGAUCCACAGUGGGCAUGCUGCGAGAGUCAGGACUGCUGUCCCACCUGCCUGCUGACAUGUCGCAGGACAUGGAGCAGCAGCUGGGCUCUCUCAUCCUGGCUACAGACAUCAGCAGGCAGAACGAGUUCCUGUUGACCUUCAGAGAACAUCUGGACAACCAGGACUUAGAUCUUCAACUCACUUCACACAGGCAUUUCAUACUGCAGAUUGCUCUGAAGUGUGCGGACAUCUGUAAUCCGUGUCGGGUUUGGGAGCUGAGCAGACAGUGGAGUGAGAGGGUGUGUGAGGAAUUCUACAGACAGGGUGACCUGGAGAGAAAGAUUGACUUGGAGAUAAGUCCUCUAUGUAACCAGCAGGCUGACUCUGUCCCAGCCAUUCAGAUAGGGUUCAUCUCCUACAUUGUGGAGCCUCUGUUUGAGGAGUGGUACCGCUUCACCGAGCCCAGCUCGCUCAGCCAGACCAUGAUGGGUCAUUUGCACAAGAACAAGGCCCGCUGGAGCCAACUGCGAUAUGCGCACACACCUUCAGACAUGCAAAAACAACCUCAUUCUGAGGAGCCCGUGCCUGAAGGAGGAGGAAAGGGGGAAGACAUCCCUUAAUCUCCAUCUUGUUUCUUGAGGCGUUUUAUCUCCCUUUGUGAACGGAGGAGGAGUGUUUAACCACCUCCUUGUUGGUUCUCCAGCAGAUUUUCUCCCACUGCUGGUUGUUCGCAGCUUCUGAAAGUGGGAGCACUGGAAGGGAGUCUGGCUUGGAUUCAUGAGAAAUGGCUCCCUCUGCUGGAGCAGAGGAUUAUAGCCCUGCAGGGGGGAAAAAUAAGAUGGAGAGAUUCAAGGUUGGGCAGAUGGAGGAUAAUCUUAGUAAAUAUAUGCCAAUUUGAUAAAGUUAUGCCUUUCUCUUUGACCCUGUGAUAUAUCAAACUAUCUGAGAAAAGCAGGAAUACUAUUAAAAGGUUGUGGCUAAUGAAAGAGGAGGGAUCAGUGAAGACAAAUAUUGUUUGCACAAUGCUGCUAGAACAGUAAUGAAAAAUCCAAAAUUAUAUACAAGUCAGCUGGGCUGUGCUGGAAAAGAUGACAUAAAAUAAAUAAUAGAAAAAGAGGAAUAUAUCCACUAUAUUAUGCUUUUUAAACUUUUAGACAAGACAUACUGCAUUAAGCUCUUUUCACUUUUCCUCUUUUUGUACAGCUUUCACUUAUAUUAGAUGCUCUUUCUUACAAGUGUCUCACUUAUCUACUUUUCACUGACAUGCGUUUUUAACUCAAGCACUAAGUUGGUAUGUCAAGGUACUGUAAAAUGUAUUCUGUUUUAAUGGUGUAACUUGUAAGACUGACUGAAUAGGCCGAUACAAAAUAAUGACUGACACAAAGUCAGCUUGAUGGUUUUUCUGGACUUGAGCAAACUCACCGAUGUGGAGAACACAAACAAGAGCCAAGUGUUUGUGUUCAUGUAUUGUUAUGAACAGUAUAAUCUGUACUUACUGUGACAUAAAACCUCAGCACUUCACAUGCCAAAAUCUCAGCAAUGUAUUAACCUUUUUACUGGGUGUGGAUAUUGGGAAAUGUAACUCUUAUACUGGUGUGACCUUAAAAACAACUUAAUGGGUACAUUUAUGUAUCAGAUAACCUCUCUUUACAAGCUCAUAUACAACAAGGCCUUAACAGCAACUUGGUCUGUCUGUGAACAAGCUUUCUUAUACUUCAUUUCUGCCUGUUUGUUUUUCAGCCAUACCAGCAUACUGAAACACACACACACACACACACACACACACACACACACACACACACACACACACACACACACACACACAGUACUGUAGCAGCUUGUUUCCUGUUUGAUCUUUCACCCAGUAUCAGGGUCAGAUUUUGUCUUAUACCCAUUCAUCAUUGCCAAGGUGCCAAUGUACUGUUCUGACACAUCAUCUCACUGCUCUGUUACCUCUCUAAUGCAUUUAGAUUACUUUCUUUUUACACAUACUGCAGGCACUGUGUGCACUGCAUCUUAUGUCAUGAACAGACUUGGGCCAAUUAGUAAUUGCAAAUACCUCUAAUUAUAAUAUGUAAUUCACUAUGUCCUGCAGUGAGAUUCAAGACAAUUAAAAUGUCUCUUACAGAAAAGUAUAUACGGUCAUUCAUUAUUAAAAAUAUAUACAAUCUUAAAUUAUACUGUACAUGUGUAAUUUCAAUGGUGAAACUGAUAUAAACUGUAUAUAAAGUAUUUGUAAACGCUAGUUGGUCCAAGUGUAAGCUGUACUGAUAUAAAACAGAAUUUUUUUUUAACCACUAAAUAUGUAUAGUUACAAUUGUCACAUUUAAGAUUCACAACGGCACUGCCGAGGCUGUGCACACGGUGCUAACAGAGGCCCCGGCCCCCACGUCUUCCCUGAACUAUAGAGGAAUAACCUGAGCUUUAUGAUUCUAACAACCCAGCUAACACACAGUAUAUUCUAUAUAAAAUGUAUAUUUUAAAGUUAUCACACCUCAAAUAUUGACAAUUAUCUAAAAAAAAUUAACAAUAUAUGAUGCAUUUCUGAAGGUUUAUUUUUAAAAGUAACUGUGUGCAGUGCAAUAAAGUUAAGUCCUGGCCAAGUUGUAAGAAAGCAGACAUAUUCAUAUCUAUCUAUAGCUCUGGUAAAUUAAUAAGCAAAUCAGUCAUGUCUUCGCUAUAGCACUCCAUUGGCUUUGCUGUAACUCCCACUCUAUGUAACACUAUUAAGUGCACACCGUUUAUUACUGCCGCAUUGUAGACCUAGUUGAGACAGGAGGCGUCAGGCUGCCUUGUAUUUCGAUACCUCUCUGAAUCAGCACUGAUACAGGUUUACUGAGCCAUACUGGUUUCACUAACAAGUACAAAUAUUUACUGUAUGUGUUUAAUAAACAUUUUUAUGCCGAAGUGAUUAUUAUGCCAGACUCAAUAUAAUUAUAAUCUUAUUAAAAAGAAGUUACUUUCACAAAAUCAGUGACUGUGAUUAUCAUCAGAUCAGACACAACUAAUGGGCAAAAUUUAACAGGAAUACUAAUAUGUCUGUAAACUAUGACAGAGGUAGUUGAGUUAGUCACCUGAUGGUCUGAAAGAAUAACCCAUCCCAGUGCCCCGGUAGUAAUCGAACAGUAUGCUUUUCUUUUUUUGACCUGCAAAAUUAAAAGCGGGUCCCACUGAGGCAGAUACACCAUGUGAAAAAUUUAACAGAUCUCACCACACUGUCCACUUAGUUGUGGAGAUGUAGAUGUUCAAAUUUCUGUUUUCUCUGAAUACUUCAAGCACCUCUUAUCUAUGUUUUUCAAAGUUCAUUCUUAACCAGCAGCUGAGAAAUAAUAUGUCACCAUAAGAUCCAUUAAGUAGCUUUCAGUCAUAUCAUAUGAAAUUUUACGUUCAGAUUUCUGUUCUCUCGGGGUACAGAUCGCUACUGAUAGCAGGAGAUAGCUAAAGUAAAUGCUACCUUAAUGUCUUCGGAGAAAAAAAAGAAUCUACUUAGUAAUUAUUACAGACUUUUUGAAUGGGACCCUUCAAAUGAAGCCAAUGAUAUCCAAAAUUAAUUUUUGUACUGUUAUUAGUAGCCAUAACUAACAGUGCAUGAGUUGAUAGAGAUGUUUGCGCUGUGUUCUAUCAAGUGAUCCAAACAAGACUGACUUGUCUAAUCUGAAUCUCUGUAUUUUGGUGUUUGAAUGGGUCAUCUGACUUCUUGACUGUAUACGUUUGUCCUGACAACCAGCCUCUGAGCACUGUGAACAAUAAAAUAAAUGUUUUACAAUUAACAUCCGA